CUUUUCUGCCCCUCCCCUCAGCUUCGUGCAGGCUUUCUCACAUGCAAACUUCUCAGAGGCAGGAAAUACUUUGCAGGCAAUCUGGGCCUGGUUGUGGAGGCCCCUCUCGCAAAACAUCAGUCUGCAUUUAGAAGACAGAAGUCACUAGGAACGCCUUGACAGGAUCCGGCUUUAGCUGAGGCUCCCUCCAGCUGCAGAGGGUGUUUUUGUUAGACUCACACACUGCGUAAGGAGAACUGCUCAGAAUAGAGCUGUGACCUCAGCCACGAAACGUGAACUUAGAUUCUGGGGACGCUAACAGGACGGACUCCUCUCUUACCCUGGCUGAAACAGCAUCAUGCCUUGGCAGCACAGAAACUCUUGGUCCAGGCAACAAAAUGGCAGAACACACUCUCUUCCGUGAUCCAUGAAUUCAAAAUCAUCUUUGGUCAUUUUCCAUCCCUGGUGAGCGUCAUACGGAAUGCAUCUCCUUGUCUGUUGCUAAGCUAUGGCGACAUGUCUGUAGCUAUCAGAAAAAGGAGCUGGGAAGAGCAUGUGACCCAACAGACUGGACAGCCUUUUAAUUCUGAUGAGUAUGACAUAGCAUGUCACCACGGACUGGCAUCCGACAGCUUGCAGGCAAGUAUGGAAAAAGAUGCAACCUUAAAUGUGGACCAGAAAGAGAAGUGUGCCUCUCUACCAGACUGCUGUUGUGGGCCAGAGCCUAGAGACUUUCCUGGGAGGCCAAUGGGUCACAUUUCACAGGAGGUGGAUGAAAGUGGCAGCCAGGAAGGAGACGAGCAGUUUCUGUCUCUGGAAGCCAGCACAGAGACACUAGUGCACAUUUCUGAUGAGGAUACUGAUUCUGAUCUCCACCUCAUCAAUGAUGCACAGAUUUCAACUCCCCAAAGACACGAAAGAGACAGUCAACACUGUGUCGAAGGAGCAGGCUCCUUCAUGAAGGCAUUGUCCAUCAGGCAAAGUAACCAAGACUCAUAUAACUCCUGGAGGAAAGCUGAUGAAGCCAAUGUCUCUACAGCAGAAGAAAGAGGGAACAGGCAAGGUGUUGGUGCUGUAAGUAAAAGCCUGGAGCUUUGUAAGGAUAUAAGUUCAAAUGAAACAAAAGAUGUGCCCCAAGUAAAUACAUUCGGUUCUUUGAACGUGGAAGAUACUACACCCGAGACACAACUGCUUAAUUCUGCGGUAAUCGCUCAACAGCGAAGGAAACCAGACUUCUCUAAAGAGGAACAGGAAAAAACAUGCCACCCUGUAGUAGAAGAAGAGUUCUUGGCUGCUCCUGGUGCAGACAGAGGGCUGCCAUUAUUGAAAGCAGAUUUCAGAAGCUGCCUUCUGCAGCCGCCUUCCUGCCCCGGUGGAAUGUCAGCAGAAAAUGACCUGGAGAAGACUGGGUUCUCAGAACAUCAAAACAACAGCCCUCUCAAGGUCAACAUAGACCAUGGCAUGCAGUGUUUACACUCAAGGGGCCCAGUGACCACCCAGGAGACCAUAGACAAUCAGGUCAGACUGCGCAAGAGAAAGGAAACAAGGGAAGAUCGAGACAGGACUCGGCUGGACUCCAUGGUGCUGCUAAUUAUGAAACUGGACCAACUAGACCAAGACAUCGAGAAUGCGCUCAGCACAGCCUCAUCCCCAUCCAGCACCCCGACGAACUUACGGCGGCAUGUCCCUGAUCUAGAAUCGGGAUCCGAAAGUGGAACAGAUAGUAUCUCAGUAAAUCAGACACAGGUGACUCUGUCUUCUAACCCUGAUUCCACCGAUCCAUCAUCCACUCCAGGGAGCAAUUCUGGAACCAAACCCAAGGCCACGGCUGUCCCAUGUGUUGGAGAAAAGGAAAUGGCUGAAAUUGAAGCCAAGGAAGCGUGCGAUUGGCUGCGGGUAACUGGAUUUCCCCAGUAUGCACAGCUUUAUGAAGAUCUCCUGUUCCCUAUUGAUAUUUCUCUGGUCAAGAGAGAACAUGACUUCUUGGACAGAGAUGCCAUCGAGGCUCUAUGCAGGCGACUAAACACUUUAAACAAGUGCGCAGUGAUGAAGCUGGAGAUCAGUCCUCACCGAAAGCGAAGCGAGGAUUCGGAUGAAGAUGAGCCUUGUGCAAUCAGCGGCAAGUGGACUUUCCAGAGGGACAGCAAGAGGUGGUCCCGCCUUGAGGAGUUCGACGUCUUCUCUCCAAAGCAGGAGCCAAUCCCUGGGUCCCCAGACGACUCUCGCUUGCAGAGCGCCACGAGCCACGAAAGCAUGCUGACGGACCUCAGCGAGCGCCAGGAGGUGUCCUCUGUCCGAAGCCUCAGCAGCACCAGCAGUGUCCCCACCCACGGACCCCACAGCGGGGAUGCGGUGACACCCCGAACGAAUUCCGUCAUCAGCGUCUGCUCCUCCUCCGGCCACGGCCACUUCGUAGGCCAUGAUGACUCCUUCUCCAGCCUGCCUUCCCCCAAGGAACUGUCCAGCUUCAGCUUUAGCAUGAAAGGCCACGAGAAACACACCAAGUCUAAGACGCGGAGCCUGCUGAAGCGGAUGGAAAGCUUGAAGCUCAAGGGUUCCCACCACGGCAAGCACAAGACGCCUUCCAAGCUGGGCUUGAUCAUCAGUGCUCCCAUUCUGCAGGAGGGGAUGGAUGAGGAGAAGCUGAAGCAGCUGAACUGCGUGGAGAUCUCGGCCCUCCACGGCAACCACAUCAACGUGCCCCUGGUACGGAAGAGGAGCGUGUCCAACUCCACGCAGACCAGCAGCAGCAGCAGCCAGUCAGAGACCAGCAGUGCGGUCAGCACACCGAGCCCGGUCACCAGGACCCGGAGCCUCAGCACCUGUAACAAGCGGGUGGGCAUGUAUCUAGAGGGCUUCGACCCUUUCAGUCAGUCCACCUUGAAUAACGUGACGGAGCGGAACUAUAAGAACCGUGAGAGCUACCCAGAGGACACGGUGUUCUACAUUCCGGAGGACCACAAGCCCGGCACCUUCCCCAAGGCCCUCUCCAAUGGCAGUUUCUGUCCCUCGGGAAACGGUUCCGUGAACUGGAGGACCGGGAGCUUCCACGGCCCCGGCCACCUCAGCCUACGGAGGGAAAACAGCAGCGACAGCCCUAAGGAACUGAAGAGGCGCAAUUCCUCCAGCUCGGUGAGCAGCCGCCUGAGCAUCUACGACAACGUGCCGGGCUCCAUCCUGUAUUCCAGCUCGGGGGACCUGGCCGACCUGGAGAACGAGGACAUCUUCCCUGAGCUGGAUGACAUUCUCUACCACGUGAAAGGGAUGCAGAGGAUAGUUAACCAGUGGUCGGAGAAGUUUUCCGAUGAGGGGGACUCUGACUCAGCCCUGGACUCUGUGUCUCCUUGCCCGUCGUCUCCAAAGCAGAUACACCUGGACGUGGACCAUGACCGAAGGACACCCAGCGACCUGGAUAGCACGGGCAACUCCCUCAAUGAGCCUGAAGAGCCCACUGACAUCCCAGAGAGAAGGGACUCUGGGGUGGGGGCGUCCCUGACCAGGUGCAAAAGGCACAGGCUGAGAUGGCACAGCUUCCAGAGCUCUCACCGGCCAAGCCUAAACUCUGUAUCUCUGCAGAUCAACUGUCAGUCUGUGGCCCAGAUGAACCUGCUGCAGAAAUACUCACUCCUGAAACUGACGGCCCUGCUGGAAAAAUACACGCCUUCCAACAAGCAUGGUUUCAGUUGGGCUGUGCCCAAGUUCAUGAAAAGGAUCAAGGUUCCAGACUACAAGGACCGGAAUGUGUUUGGGGUCCCGCUGACUGUGAAUGUGCAGCGCUCCGGACAGCCCCUGCCUCAGAGCAUCCAGCAGGCCAUGCGCUACCUCCGGAACCAUUGUCUGGACCAGGUUGGGCUCUUCAGAAAGUCGGGCGUCAAAUCCAGGAUUCAGGCCCUACGCCAGAUGAACGAAAGCGCCGAAGAUUAUGUCAACUAUGAAGGCCAGUCCGCUUACGAUGUGGCAGACAUGUUAAAGCAGUAUUUUCGAGAUCUUCCUGAGCCCCUCAUGACGAACAAACUCUCGGAAACCUUCCUACAGAUCUACCAGUAUGUGCCCAAGGACCAGCGCCUCCAAGCUAUCAAGGCAGCCAUUAUGCUCCUGCCUGACGAGAACCGGGAGGUUCUCCAGACGCUUCUCUACUUCUUGAGCGAUGUCACGGCGGCUGUGAAGGAAAACCAGAUGACUCCCACCAACCUGGCUGUGUGCUUAGCCCCUUCUCUUUUCCACCUCAACACCCUGAAGAGAGAGAAUUCUUCCCCAAGGGUAAUGCAAAGAAAACAGAGUUUGGGCAAACCAGACCAGAAAGAUCUGAAUGAAAACCUCGCUGCCACUCAAGGGCUGGCCCACAUGAUUGCUGAGUGCAAGAAGCUCUUCCAGGUUCCUGAGGAAAUGAGCCGAUGUCGCAACUCUUACACUGAGCAAGAACUGAAGCCCCUCACACUGGAGGCCCUGGGACACCUGAGUAACAACGAUCAGCCUGCUGACUACACACACUUCCUCCAGGACUGUGUGGAUGGCCUGUUUAAGGAGGUCAAAGAGAAGUUCAAAGGCUGGGUCAGCUACCCUACCUCUGAACAGGCGGAGCUGUCCUAUAAGAAGGUCAGUGAAGGACCACCACUAAGGCUUUGGAGGUCAACCAUCGAGGUCCCUGCUGCCCCCGAGGAGAUCUUAAAGCGACUUCUGAAAGAGCAGCACCUCUGGGAUGUGGACCUGCUGGACUCGAAGGUGAUUGAAAUCCUGGACAGCCAGACUGAAAUCUACCAGUACGUCCAAAACAGCAUGGCGCCGCACCCUGCUCGGGACUACGUCGUGUUGAGGACCUGGAGGACCAAUUUACCCCGGGGAGCUUGUGCCCUCUUACUCACCUCUGUGGACCACGACCGGGCACCCGUGGUGGGGGUGAGGGUUAAUGUGCUCCUGUCCAGAUAUUUGAUUGAACCCUGCGGGUCAGGAAAAUCCAAACUCACCUACAUGUGCAGAGCUGAUUUACGGGGCCACAUGCCGGAGUGGUACACAAAAUCUUUUGGACAUUUGUGUGCAGCUGAAGUGGUAAAGAUCCGAGACUCCUUCAGUAAUCAGAACACUGAACCCAAGGAUACCAAAUCUAGGUGAUCACGGAGGCGCCAAGCAUCUGCGUCUCCCACCUGGGUGAUUGUUUCUAGAGCCUGGCCAGCCCUUGGAAGAGUUCAUCUGGGUCUCAUUGACUGAAGCAAUUUUGACCAGUUGUUUUUAAAGCUGCUUCCUGUUCGUCUUAGGUCUAUGUCAUAGACCUUGACUGGAUUAUAGAAGACUUGGGGCGGGGUGGGGAGGGGAGAUACGUGUAUUGUUCACAUUGCUUCUGAGAAGCAAGAGCUCUUUUCGGCGCAUAAUGGAAGAUAGCCAGGCGACGUCACUGUCUCGUGACGUCAGCGCGUGUGUACCUACGUCAUUCGUUUUGCGGUGUGUUGAGGGACUGAUGUAGCCACUGGAAUAGUUGGUACUCGUUGACAGGUGUUUUUUUUUCCCCCGAGAUGAGCAGAGAACGGUUUGCACAGAGGAGUGUGGAUGUGUGUGUUGCUGGCUGAGAGGCACAGAUGCAGAGAUGGGACGCAGUGUCUGGCACACUGAGAUAUGCUCCACAAAGGAUGCUGAUCUAGCCACCAGGUUUAGCUCCGCCUGGAAUAGCUGACUACCCAGGGAUCUACCCGGAAGGGGAACCCAGCUCCUUUCUCCAUUUCCCCCCAGGUUAUUGUGUUGCUGGGUUUUGGGGGGAGGUGGGAGGAGUUGUUUGUUGUUUUUUUUUUGUUUUUUUCUUUCUUCAGACCUUUGCUUUCCCAUAAACUGCAGUUUCCCGUGACUGUAGUAACGUAACCAGUAAGACUAACAAGCAUCCUCUCCACUCCCUCGACCGCCUCUAGAGGAAGGGUUUUCUUUACGUGAAACACCCAUAAGCAAAGUCCCAAAACUUUAUUUCCGGUCCUGGGAGUUGAACCCAGGGCCUUUUAUAUGCAGGCAAGCACUCUACAGUGAACUUUAUCCCAGGCUCUGUUUUCACCUUUUGUUUUGAGACAGGGUCUCACCACGUUGCCCAGGCUGGUCUUGAACAACUAACUCAUUGUAUAGGGGAGGCUCCUAUCUCCGUCUGUCAGAUAGCUGGGGUAAGAGGUGCUCAUCAAAACGAUUUACCCGUUAUAAUUCAUAGUCUUGUCAGGCUUGUGACAUAAACAAGGGAACACAGGGAGAUAUGUCCCCAGUAGAUUUAACCCAAGCACAAGAGGCUUUGGGUUAUUGGUGUUAUCAGUGUUCCUGACAUCUACGUGUGUGUUUUCAUUAGGUCUGUCCUCAUGCACAAACAGGUUUUCUGACUAUGUGGUUUUUUUAUUUUUCCCCUACAUUUCUUUUUGCUUUUUCUCUCAUAAUGCCCUUAAACUGUAUUUUAGUAAUAAUGGGGACUAGUAAUCUCAGUGAAAACAGAUCGUGCAGGUUUUUGGAAGGGCAGUCUUUCUACAGGUUUUACUGUAAUGGUAAAGAUUGACUCAAGACAGUAUUAGUAAAUUUAUUUUGUAUGGAUCAAAAGGUGAAAAAUGUAUGGAUGAGAGUUGAAGAAGGAUUUUUAUUUUGUUAUAACUGAGUUACCUUGUCAGUAUUAUUUCAAAGGUUCUUUGAAGAAUGGGGAGGGGGGGGUCAGAGUAGAGUUUUAAAGUUUGAGUAUUUGAAUUAUCAGUGUUGCUUGUGAAGAUGUGCGUGUAUAUUCAACUUCGUUGGCUUCUGGAUCUAUAAGAUUGUAUGCUGUAUAUACCAGUCUAUUGAGAAACAUGUACACAUGUCUGUCCACUGUGCUUUCAGACAUAGAUAAAGCAUGAUAAAGAUUAUUAUUUAAAAUAUACUUGUAUUUAUACCUCAGAUAUUCUUUUGGGUUUUGUACCUCAAGGCUCCCCCCCACACAUUGUAAAUACACUUUACGUGAAUACAGUUUUAGUGAAAAAAAAAAAAUAAAGAAAGAAAGAGGUUUAUAAUUUGCCCUAUAUCUGUACAGAGUAUAUUCAGUAAAUGCACUAUUAAAUGUUUAAAGUAAGGGAAAGAGUCUGGCCUGCUUCCUGUUUUGCAUCUUCCUCCGCCCUUAGAAGCAGGGAUUGCAAAGCAUCGCAGCCCAGUGCCAACCAAAGUCCAACGAUACAUCGGGCUGAAAGAAAAAUUGGAUGACGAAUCAUUCCAAGGCCAAGCUGCAACUGAGCCACUCACCCACAAACAGGAAACCCUGGUGAAGGUUCAGGAAGCCUGGAGAUUCUCUCCACACCAAGGUCAGAAACGAUGCUGAGAAUUUAUGAGAACUGUGCAACAGACAGUUCUUAGAAACGAAGUCAAGGUCACUGAUGAAUCCACAAAAAACGUCUCUUUCCCACGUGUAACCUUCCUGUUGAAGGGAUUCCGUAAGUCUGGCCGGAGAAGAAUUCAGAGUACAAGCGCGGGACUUUCCAAGAAGUAGGCUUGCGUCUUAUAACAUCCCACAACUUGUCCAUUGACUCAUGGUCUAGAUUGUGAGUUCUUCAAGGACCGGCGCAUCUCCUGCACACCUUUAUAAUCCUCUCCAGCAGCUUUCAGUGUUUUCUACUUGUAGACACCUAAUAAAUUUAUCAUUUGCUAAAGAACA